AUGCCGACCAACGGUAGCUCAGGCGCGAGCAAUGGGCGUUUUCAGCUAGAUCUCAAGCCCGUCAACUUCUCUCUCACAGAGGGCACCAACAUCCCUCCUCCGCCAGCUUCGCCAAUUGAGGAGAAACCACCUCCCACCCCUCCGAAACCACAACUAUUUGCGAACACCGCCGUGCCUACCAAUGGCUCCAUGCUACCACCGCCAACGACCGGGUCAAAUGGGUUACAGAAUGGACGAGGUCGGACAACGAGCAGUACUGAAAUCCCUCCCUUAAGCCCUGCCUCUUCCAAAAGACCGAGCAGCAUUCGGCGCUUCGUCUCGAGAAUGUCGCUGAACCAGAAUUAUGUAGACGGCCACGGAUCGCAAGAGGAUUUGCACGGGGUCGCCAGGCCACCAAGUCAAGCCAGUGUCAUGACCACGAAUACCCACGGAUUGAAGCCCAAAAGAAGCAGCAGUUGGUUCAGGCGAUUCUCGAGCAACAAUCAAUCACAAGAAACCAACAUCACACAACAGCCGGCCGUCGAUAGAAAUCCAGUUGCGAGAAUUGUGCCACAACCGAAGCUUCCGGAGAAGUACACACUCAAGUCGCAGAUACCAGAAGGCAAUGAGAGUAGUUUAGGGGGUGACGAUAUGUUCAAGAACAUCAGAUGA